AUGGCCUCCGCGACGUCCGCGACGCCCGCGAUCCGCCUCACCGUCCUGAUAUCAGGCAACGGCUCAAACCUUCAAGCCGUGAUCGACAAAGUGGCAGCGGGCCAACUGGGCGCAACGACGACGAUCGUGCGCGUAAUCUCCAACCGCAAAGACGCCUUCGGGCUGGAGCGCGCAAGGAAGGCAGAGAUUCCUACGCAUUAUCACAAUCUCGUCAAGUACAAGAAGCAGCAUCCCCCGACGACCGAGGGCAUCCAGGCCGCGCGCGAGGAGUACGAUGCAGAGCUUGCACGGCUGAUUCUCGCGGACGCACCGGACCUCGUCGUGUGUCUGGGAUUCAUGCAUGUUUUGUCUCCGCGGUUUUUGGAACCGCUGCAGAAGACGAAUACGCGGAUCAUUAAUUUGCAUCCUGCGCUACCUGGGGCGUUCAACGGUGUGAAUGCGAUUGAGCGAGCCCAUGCGGCAUGGUUGGAGGGCAAGAUCGACAAGACCGGGGUGAUGAUCCACGAUGUGAUCUCGGAGGUGGAUAUGGGAACACCCAUCCUCGUGCGGGAGAUUCCUUUUCGGAAGGGAGUCGACGAGGAUGUGCAUCAGUUUGAAACGCGGGUACAUGAAGUCGAAUGGGGAACCGUCAUUGAGGGAGUGGGUAUGGUGAUCCAGGAGCUGGUGGCCCAGAAGCAAAAAGGAUCAUGA